AUGGUGAUUCUGUCCGGGAAAAGCUUGACUGAACUCUACCUCACGAUGUUGAGUGGAGAAGGGGAAGUUUUGAACACUCUGGAUUGGAUCGGACCAAUUCGGUUGUGGUCUCCGUCUCCUCCUCGUCCUCUUCAUUCUCGUCUUUCACUUCUUGGUGCCAUUUUGGAGCUAACUAUGUGCAAUAGCAAGGCUCAACCUCUAAAUCCUCUUGCUUCACCCUUUUACCCUUCAUUCCUUCCCAACCCACAACUACAACUUCCACUACUUCCUCCCAUUCCACCGCCAUUCCUAGGAACAUCAACAUCACACCGACUCCUUCACCCUCCUGGCCACUGUUUCUCAUCAACAAACUACCAAUAUUACUUCCCAGUUAACACUGAUCCUCUUCCUCCUCCUCCUCCUCUUUUACCUGCUCCAACUUAUGUCUAUAGCAGCACCACCGCCACCCCGUCCGACGUCGUCGCCGGCAACGUCUCCAUUACUAAAAAUACAACAAAGGCGGUGGAGAAGGUUGAGGGUGGUAGUUUGGAGGUGAUAAGCGCUAAGAAAGAAAUAGUUAAUAGGUACAAAAGUAGGGUUUUUCCAGCUGAUUAUAAGGUUUUGCGCAAAGGGUUUCAUAGUGGCGGCCGGAAAUAUAGGCGGGCAUCGAUUCCUAAGGUUGUUCAUGGAGGCAACCCAGUUCCCCUACCUCUUCAAACCAAAGGCUCUUCUCCUCCUCCUCGUUUUCUUGGGCUUGAUCAAAAAAAAAUUCGUGAUUCGACCUCGGUUAUGGUUAGACAUAUUCCAAGCAAACUCAGUAGGGAGAUGUUGAUAAACUUGUUGGAUAAGCACUGUGAGGAAGAGAACACCAAGAUCGGGAUGGGAUCAAGCUCAGCUGUAUCUGCAUAUGAUUUUGUGUAUCUUCCCAUUGAUUUCAGAACUGGAGUCAACAAAGGUUACGCAUUUGUGAACUUCACAAGUAAGACAGCAGUUGAACGAUUCAAAACUUCAUUUCAUGGAUACAAAUGGCUUCUUUUUGCUACAAAAAAGAUCUGUCAAAUUGAUGAUGCUAGGAUACAAGGAAGAGAAAGCUUGGUAGCCCAUUUUCAGAGAACCAAGUUUCCAUGUGUUACAGAUGAGUACUUGCCUGUUCAGUUCUCACCACCUCGUAAUGGCUUUUCUCAAUGCCCAUCUCCUUCCAUCGUUGGUUCUUUUCUUGAAAUACGAACAGACGUUUCUUGCUUUUAA